AUGACGUGGAGCUAUCCAAUCCUCAACUUUUUGAAAUCCAACGGACUAAGCGGAAAUAUAUACAACUUUGUCAAAAACUUCCUCAACGACAGGACAUUCAAAAUCAGAUUAAACGGAAAAUUAUCCACCCAGAGAACUCUAGAAAACGGCAUCGCACAAGGAUCGGUCAUCAGCACCUCACUAUUCCUCAUCGCCAUAAACAACUGUGUGGAAAACAUCUCAACACCUGUGAAGGCCAACUUAUACGCCGACGAUCUCGUAAUAUAUGUGAAAGGCAAAAACAUCCACUCUAUACAAAAAAUCCUACAAAAUACUUUGUCCCGCUUAGAAAAUUGGUCAAAAACAUCGGGUUUUAGAUUCUCAACCGAAAAAACGAAAUGCAUUUCCUUCACCAAAAAAACACCAAAAUCAUCUCCACUCCUAAAAUUAUACGGGAAAACUCUAAAAUUUGAAAAAACCAUUAGAUUUUUAGGCAUUAUUUUCGACCAAAAAUUAAACUGGAAACCUCAUAUAGAAUAUCUCAAAAAAUCUUGUUAUGGAGCGAUAAACUUGUUAAAAGUACUCUCAAGCCACCACUGGGGUGCCGACACAAAAACCCUCCUACAAAUCUACCAACACCUAAUUCGAUCAAAAUUAGACUACGGAAGUAUAUCCUACGCGACAGCAAGGAAAUCUCAUAUCAAAAUCAUCGACACAAUUCAACACUCCGCGAUAAGAAUUGCACUAGGAGCCUUUUGCACUAGCCCAACUACCAGCAUGCUAUGCCUCGCCAACGAACCUCCAUUAGUUUUUCGUAGAAAGUUUCUCACAUUUAACUUCGCCAUUAACACAGCAGCUCACAGAACAAGAAACCCCAACAGCCUCUCCUCCACUUUUUCCAAAAAAUUUAAAAACGAAUUCUCGAAAAACCAAAACCUCUCACCCCCCUUAUACGAAAGGAUAAAUCGCUUGGAAAAAGAAACCAACUUCUCCAUUCCAAAAAAAGUUCUCCCAUGGUUUAACACUACUACCCCACCGUGGACUCAACAAGCGAUAAAUACCAACUUAAACCUGACCAAACAUCCAAAAACAGAAACACCACCAGCACUGAUACUAGCCGAAUUUAACUGCAUCAUUAAAUCGUACCAAAAUUAUUCCAUCAUCUACACCGACGCAUCUAAGUCAGACAACAGAAUAGGAGCAGCAAUUAUCACCCCAAAAAGCAAACGGAAGUUCCGCCUGCCUGCAUUGUGCAGCACGUUCACAGCAGAAAUCUACGCAAUUUUACAAGCCAUUAACUACAUAGCAUUACAUCAACAAGAAAACUAUGUGAUAUGCACAGACUCCCUCAGCUCUAUCUUAAUCCUAAGACAAAUAUACCCCAAAAACCCACUCGUCCAAGAAAUUCGAAGAAAAAUCGAUAACUUGUCCAAUUCAAUAAUUUUCCUAUACACACCAUCACAUAUCGGAAUCCCUGGGAAUGAGGAUGCAGAUAGAACAGCUAAAGAAGCUACAACACAAAACACACCAAUCACAGAUUUGUUCCUGCCAAACGACCUAAAGAACCAGUUUCGGAAAAUCAUCAACAACCAAUGGCAGGAGAAAUGGAAUCCGACAGACACUCAUCUUAAACAAGUGAAACCCCUAACACAACCCACUUUGCCUAUACCCACAAAACGAAGAUCUCAGGUCAUAAUCAACAGACUACGGCUAGGACACACACGAAUGACACAUCGCUUCCUAAUCACCCGCGAAGACCCUCCUAGCUGCGACACAUGUCAAACAAGAUUAACAGUCGAACACCUUCUCUUCAGAUGUCCAGAUUACACAGCACAGAGAAACAUGCUGUACAGCUCCAACACAAAUUCCUUAAAAGCACUGACCGACAUCGAGAGUUGCAAAGAAAUCGUGAAAUUUAUAACCAACAACCAAAUCACAAUAUGA